ACUACAUGAAGUUUCCAUGUGGGUUGAAAAAUGCAUUUAGAAGCUAUUCAGAAUUUCGGAUGAGUAAUCGGUUUCCUUUAUUCACUCAAGUGAUUUAUAAACGUUUUUCUCAUAAUUUCCGCUACGCUACGCUAGCUCGAACUCACGCUAACAGUAACACUGCCUUACUUAAGACUAAACUUGUUGUUGUCUGGAAAAGUCUCUAAGCAGUACUUCAUCUGUAACUUGUUCGUUUCGCGGAGUGUUGUAGACAUUAACAGACGAUGUGCGCCCUGUGACUGCGUUCUGCAUCGACAGCAGCUUCAGAAAAUCUUAAAUCAGCCGUUGACCAAUCACUUCAGGAACCGACUCCACCCGGCGUAGCUACAUACAUUUUGGCCGUACUUCGGUCUCCUACAAGACCGAAACCGCGACCGCCUAAACCACGCAAUUCAUCACCAAAGCCACCACCAUUCGUGGACAACUAUGCGUGCACGUAGCGUAUUGAUACUCACGACGCUGGCAAUGUCCCUACUCACGGAAGUGAACGGUAAAAAAGGAAGACCGUUGGGAAUCUACAAGUGCUGCGGCAUGUUCCAAAUGCUCUCCGGGGACGGGCAGUCGUGCGUGGACGCUCCGUGGCCGCGCAGCCACCGCCCGCGACUCCACAGGUUCAUCUCGUCGGAGAAGACGGGCGUGGUGCGCCACCGACGCAGCGACGCCGCGUGGGUGGCGCGCUGGCUGCCGCCGGGCCUGCCGCUCGACCGCGUCUGGGCGGUGUUCCUGGACGGACGCACCCGCUUCUACCACAAACCCGUGGUGCAGACGGUGCGAGACGCCGUGCUCGGGGACGAGGAGCAGGAGAUGGCCGGCGGCGCCGCCUACUGGCGCGGAGAUCGCGCGUAUUUCUCGAAUACGUACGAAGGAGUCACCCGAACGAUAAAGAACCCGUGGCCGCCUAUCAAACAGAGGAAGGCCGUGCAUUCCGCGUGGUUCUGUGUGGACGCGGCUCGACCCCCGCUGGCGCCCUUCGCGCUGCUCUCGGACGUCAACUGCGCCUACGAAGACUGCUUCGUCAAGUGUUGUGAUUCAGGGGAGGUAAUGGCGGCCAAGGUGGGGGGCUGGAUGUGCGAGGACAACCCGAGGGGUUACUGGACGCCUCACAACUCGUCCUUCGCCAGCUUCGUACCUGCGGACGUCCCGUUCAAAAGAGGUGGCAUGUCCGCGCAGUGCUUGCCCCCGGGCAACCCGUCGCCCCGCCUUCGGCCCGUGCCGCGCGGGGACGCGUGGGAGGCGUAUUUGCUGCGGCACCGAUUCCACGACUUCUUCUUCGCCUCCUGGGAGACGUGUGUGGACACCCAGCUCCGAGCGGAUGGGACCCUCGGGGAGAGCAUCUUCUACUGCGAGGAAUCGCAGAUCACCUGGGGCGUGUACCGCUUGUUGCGGCCCAUUUCCAUCGUCUCCUCAGCGCUGACAAUGGUUGCUGUCGUCUCCGUGGCAUGCAACAGAAGCAUGCGGCUGAAGGCUCACGGCUGGUGUUUGGCAUGUCACGCCGUCUGUCUUAUGGGUUUCAACCUGGGACAGGCGGUCUACUACUUGUCAAUCAGCGAUGCAGUGGACACUAUUCGUUCCGGGCCACCGUAUUAUCUCGUAAAUACGUGCGUUAAUUUUGCGCUCCUGAUGUACUUUCUGUUGACGGCCGCCAACUGCUGGCUUACCGCCUUGUGCGUCAACAUGGCUCUGGGCUUCGGACAUCGCAAUCCACGGUUCCAAUUUUAUGCGGAACUUUUAAAAUCCGGCACUGCUCUUUUCUACUACGCGCCGGUAGGGCUCAUGAUCGCCGUCAACUGCAUCUGCAUUGCCCGGACCCUGAAGACGGUGCAUUUCCUGCGAAGGGGCAGCUCCGUGCUGCGGGACGAGACCCACCGCCACUGCCCGACGGAGGGGCGGGGCACGCAAGCGACCAAGCCCCAGACAAGCGACGCAGUGCGCUCCUCGGUUGCAGACGCCAAGGCGAUCAAGACCUACGUAAAAAUGAUCGUUAUGACCGGCAGCGCUGAGAUCAUCAUGGAAAUAGUUUUCUGGUGGGCGAGUGCAAUGAUAAAUUACCCUGAAUUUUACUUUCAUAGCACGUUUGCGUUCCGCGCCACGGGGUACGUGGCCGACUGCUCCCGGGCGACCUGCGUAGUGUGGCUGGCGGCCCCGGAGCAGGGCUACUUCCACGCCUUGCGGCGCUUGUGGAGGGCGGGCAAACGAGGCAGGGACGGAGGACGUGCACGAGGAAAACUACUUCGCUCCCUCGACUCGAGAGAGAAAUAGUAACUGAUAAGGUUGCUUUCCCACUAUUCAUUUAUAGGCGAUCCUUAGGAACCAAUGUUUUAACUUAUAUCAGGGAACUGGAAAUUUCGGCUAGCAAUUCUUAAAUUUUGUACAUUGUUGCAGUUAAGAUAUUUUAUUUUGCAGGAAAAACUAAUAUUCCAAUUUAACCUAUAAAAUUAAUAGUAAUUCUUUUUAUUUUUCUAAAGAAUGAAUAAAUAUUGUGGAAUAAUAUACUAGAAUAAUAUGUUUUACUUUGAUUGUGUAAUGUCUAUUUGUUAUUAUGUAUACAUUUAAACACA